GAUUGGCAGGGUGGGCGGGGCCAGAUAACAAGAGAGGGUUUACGUUCACAGGUCUAGAAAGCGACCAAAGCUAUAUGGCGUAUAAUCCAAUUCGUGGUCUAAUUGCCCUGCGCAGUGCCGCUUGAUAGAGUGUUUCAUGACUUUCACAUCCACGGUGUUGGGAAUCUGACAUGGAAUCGUAUGUAGCAGACCGGUCUUAGACGGUUACUAUUGGUACAAGGUGAGAGGCCCUCCCCAGUCAUCAGCUUUGUAGCCACGGAAUAUAUACUCUGUCAGGGAGUGCAAAGUUAGCUCUACCAGCUUACACGGUAUUUUACUAAUUACAUCAGUGUGAGUUAUCAAACAAACUCGUGGAAUCAACAGAUAUAGUAUCGAUAACGUGGAUCGUAUAAUUGUGGAUUUCUCGGACACGGAAUCAUGACUCUGGGUAUCGCGGGAUCCCUUCCGCACGUGGCGGGAGUAUGAGAAGGUACCGACUGGUCAGUAGUCUGAAAUUGGGAUGUAACAGGGUAGCCCGUGUCGGGUACUGUGGACCACCACCUCUCAACAUGUGUAACUGGGGGUAGCUUCCCUACAGCCAUAGAGUAGUAAUACCUUUACUUUAUCGAAAAGUCGUAUUUAACAGAUAUAGUUAUGCUACCUCCAGAGAGCGAUUGUGAUUGGUAAAUAUCUAUAAAUUGUGAUUGGUAAAUAUCUAUAUAUUUAUAUAUAUGGAAUCUAGUUUGGAAUGAAAACCGAAAAGACUAAACUAUCGUUAAAAAUGUAUAGAUUAACUUUACUAUUGAGUUUUCUAAGUUCCCAUUUUAUAAUGGCCUCUCCCUCCUAUUUGAACAUGUUCCAACAACCUGCCAAUACGGACCCCUGUUACGACGAUCGCGGGGAACCCACCCGGUGUGUACCCGACUUCGUCAACGCGGCGUUCGCGAAGGAGGUUUACGCUUCAAGCACGUGCGGGGCCCCUGCAAGUCAGUACUGUAAGUCAACUCUUGGCAAAGACAAUGGGAUCAUUCGGAACUGUUUUAUAUGUGAUGCCAACCAUCCAAAGAGGCAGCACCCUGCGUCCUAUCUAACUGAUCUGAAUAAUCCCAACAAUGUAACGUGCUGGAUGUCUGAUACGUAUGUCCAGUAUCCUCAAAAUGUCACCCUCAAAUUAUCUUUAAACAAAAAAUAUGAAAUGACAUAUAUAAGUUUACAGUUUUGUUCAGCAAGGCCUGCAUCGAUGGCCAUUCAUAAAAGUAUGGAUUACGGCAGUACGUGGGUACCAUUCCAAUAUUAUUCAAACGCAUGUAAAAAGAUGUAUUCCAAAUCUCCUCGAGCUGUCAUAACCAAGGCUAAUGAACAGGACGCCCUGUGUACAGAAGCAUACAGUAAUAUCGAACCCCUGUCCGGGGCCAGAGUAGCCUUCAGCACCCUGGAGGGUCGACCAUCCGCCUAUGAUUUCGACAACAGCCCUAUCCUACAAGACUGGGUGACAGCCACUGACAUCAUGGUCGUCUUCAGUAAACUUAAUACAUUCGGGGAUGAGAGUUCGAAUGACGAGGCUGCGAGGAAGAGCUACUAUUACGCCCUGUCAGACUUCGCGGUCGGAGGAAGGUGUAAGUGCAACGGACAUGCCUCCAAAUGCAUCGAAAACCGAGAGGGUCGUCUAGAGUGUGAUUGUAAGCACAACACGGCAGGAUACGACUGCGAAAAAUGUAAGGCGUUCCACUCCGACCGUCCGUGGGCUCGGGCCAACAACAAGGAUGCUAACGAAUGUGUGGCUUGCAAUUGCAAUUUGCAUGCUCGGCGCUGCCGCUUUAACCGAGAGCUGUUUGAGCUUUCCGGCCAAAAGAGCGGUGGAGUAUGUCUGCGCUGUAAGCACAACACUGCGGGAAGGUUUUGCCACUAUUGUAAGCAGGGUUAUUACAGAGACCCUUCCAAGCACGUUACCCAUCGCAGGGCAUGCAAAGGUUGCGACUGUCACCCCGUCGGCGCUCUUGGACGAACUUGUAACCAAUCUACCGGACAGUGUCCUUGUAAGGAUGGUGUGACCGGUCUGACGUGUAACAGGUGCGCUAAAGGAUACCAACAGAGCAACUCCCCCAUCGCCCCGUGCAUAAGAACAGCCAACUCGACAUCGAACGAUUACAACAAAAAUAAGAUACCUGUUGCUCCGACCUCAAGACCCCGACCAGCCGUUUGUGGAAAAUGCAAAUCGAAAAACAAGAGAGUCAACGUUCGGAAAUAUUGCCGUCGCGACUUCGCUGUCCAUGCCAACAUUCUGUCCAGGGAGACUGUCGGAGAUAUGAUCAGAUUUACAGUCCACGUCAUCAGCAUAUACAAACCAGACCCCAAACAGAACAGACGAGGUGAAACGUACCUGUGGAUUCCCAAAAAGGACGUCAAAUGUAAAUGUCCAAAACUGCGUCUCAAUCGUCAGUAUCUUCUUAUUGGUAAACACCGGAGGAGAAACAAUCGUACCGGAUAUGACGUAGACCGGAAGACUAUCGUCAUCCGCUGGAAAGACAGGUGGCAGCGUCGUCUCCGAAGAUUUGUGAAACACCAACGGAAAGGCAAAUGUAGGUCAAACAGUUCGCUGAGGAAGAAGCGAAAUUAAAAACGAUGAAAUAGCAUAAAUAAGAACUUCAAUAAUUAUUGAAAACUGGAGUUUGAUCAAAUAAGAACGCAUUCGAACAAGGUGAUAUGUCACUCAGCGUUAUUUAACAUAGACUCAUGACACACUAUUCCAUACGGACAACAACAGUGUUGUAGCAUGGUUUCAUAACCAACUAAGUGUGACGGGUAUUAUAUUACACAAACUUUGAUAACGUUCAUAGAAAACUACCACCUGGAAAUUCGUACCUCGACAGAAAAAAACAGGUUGUGUUGUUAUAUUAGUUUAUACCAAGUGACCACCGACUUCCAUUGUGUCUUUUGGAGAAAAGUUAUAAAAGUCCUUUUUCUGCAUUAAGUACACAAAACAAAGGAUUCAUUCAGGCAUAUCUGGCAAAAUGCCUCCUAUGAAACCAGAAGGGAGUAAAGACGAGGCGGCAGUGAGGAUUAUUUUUAUGUGCGAACAUAUUACAGUUUGAAAACAUAGUAUAUUUUCAUACAUGUGUUUACAGGCACACUAUUUUCUAUAAGAUCGAUCCCAUUUGAAUUAUAAAAUGGAGAACUUGUCAAAACUGGUUCCGUUGUGAAAUUGUUGUCCAGUGUUAGACGACUCGUGUGUAUAUAAACACAGUGACAAAUGUUAAUGACGUCAUUCGGAUAUACUGUUGUGUUGUAACCGUCUUGGCAACUGUUCAUUGUUCCUUUGUAUACGUUACAUAUGUGUAUAGUAUUUGAGAUAUGUAUAUAGAUAAUUUAAUCGUUAUAUUUUAUUGUUCAUGAAAUCUGUUUAAAUAUUUCUGUUAUAUUAACGAUAUAAUAUUUGACUUGAAAGCUAUGGCAUUUCAGGAUAUAGAUUAUCUACAUAUAUGUACAUGGCAUCACCAUUACAAAUGUUUAGUCAUGUCGCCUGGACAUGCGUUUGAUAUUAUUUAACUAAGAUAUAUGCCAGUAAGAUAUGAAUCUAUAUUGGCAACCUUUACCAAAGCAGAUGUUCAUUGAAAUAUUAAAUCCCUAUUCGCACACACAACAUAAAGUCAAAUUUAGCAAUAUUGCCAUGUAUAUAAAUGGACAGAUUGCUUCGAUAGGGAAUUGUCAAAAUUGUGCGAGUCUUCAUUAAAUUAUUAAAGAGGAAAAGUUGGGGUGGUACAGGUCGCACAUCAGAUUGUAAUAAAAAUGUCAACUCCGUAGUUUAGGUGCUACUGAAUAUGAUCAAUACGUGAAUUCACAAGUUGGGGAGGUACAUGGCCUCUUGAUAUGGUUUAGACGUCAACUAACUAAUUUAGGCUCUAUUGAUAAUGAACCAACGUCAAACCAGUGCUGUACUGACUGUUGAGGUGCAUAAUUUACAUUGACUAAGUUGUUAUUUAGAUGUUUUGAAGAUGUACAUAAAUAUGUUGCUAUUCCUUUACACUGUUUACCCUACUGUUCAUCUGAUACGCUAACGACCAUAAAACACCACAAUAUAUGCUAUCUCAGAAAUCUUCGUGAGGAGGAGUAUAUGUAAAGGGCACUCGGACUUCCCAGUCUAUAUGUGCGGGCGCGCGACCCGUCUACAGUAUACAUGUUUGUGCCGGACGGUUGAACCGUCCGGAAUAUGUUUACGUGGGGUUCGACCCGUCCAGAUUACGUGUACCGGCGCACGACCUGUCUUAGAGCAUGUGUACUGGGCAUUCGACCCGUCCGGAGUGUUUGUGAGAGCUAGGACCGUUAAGAGUACGAAUACGGAGCGAGCACUCGGACAAUCCAGUGAUUUAGUACAGGGUUCUGGGCCCGUCCGGAGUGUUUGUAAGAGCUAGGACCGUUAAGAGUGCGAAUACGGAGCGAGCACUCUGACAAUCCAGUGAUUUAGUACAGGGUUCUGGACCCGUCCGGAGUGUUUGUACGAAGCAAUCGGACCGUCCAGAAUAUAUGUACCGGGCCCUCAAACCGAGAUGACCUAUGCCACGAAGUGAGUGGAUAUUUACACCAGGGUUUUAUCAGACGACAGUGUGAUAUAUUGGUUGUGCCCCUUGUCCAUAUAAUACAAUUUCAUGUAAAUCUUCAUCUAAAAUAAAACAAAAUAAUCUGC